AUGAAACUUAUUGUAAUUGGAAAAUCCCGUAAUCCACGGUGUUUCAAAAAUAUCAAACAUAUCGACUGUCUACCGGUAACAUAUGAAUCAAACUCCAAAGCUUGGAUGACUGCAGAAUUAUGGUCUAAAAUUUUAUUAAAUUGGGAUUUAGAGUUGGKAAGAAAAAAAGAAAAAAUUUUACUCUUAGUUGAUAACUGUCCAGCACAUUCUAAAGUUGUAUUGCGUAAUAUUAAACUUGUAUUUUUACCCAGUAACUGUACGUCUGUUCUUCAACCAAUGGAUCAAGGUGUAAUAAAAUGUAUGAAAACUUAUUUUCGAAAAAGUUUGGUGCUAAAAAUGAUCAAUAAUAUGGAAAAUAAAAUUGAUACCAAUAUCAACGUAUUAGAUGGCAUAUUACUGAUUUUCAAAGCUUGGGAAAAAGUAACAGAGAGUACGAUUCAAAACUGUUUUCAUCAUGCGGGUUUCAAAAAUGCAAUACAACAACAGUUAGUCCAAAAAGAAAUAUGUUUUCCAGAUAUUGAUGAUUAUGUUAACUUUGAUAAUAAUGUACUAACAUCAGAACCACUUAAUGAUCAAGAACUUAUUUCUUCGUUCAGCGACGCGCCUGAGGAAGACGAAAAUAAUGAAGAAGCUGAUACGGCUGAUGAAGAUUUUUCCAUAAAUGCAGUGUUCAAUGCAGUAAAAAAAUUAUCAUCCGGUUUAAAUGCAGGGCAUUACUAUUCUUAA